UACGAUCACAGCAGAUCAUCGUCCCCACAUUAUUCAUGUCUGGACUUACUGAACUGGGUCACACUGGAAAGCAUGCCGUGCGAUCUCCUGUUGAUUUGCUGAAAGCCUUGGCAUCUACGGUAAAGGAUGACCCGACCGCCUCCCAUUACAAGUAUCAUGAUGACCCUUACCUGAUGCCCGCGUCAUCGUAUACUAGGCAGACCUAUGCUUUGGGCAAAGAAGCCGGAAGGAAAGCCGCAAGAUACUUCGCUCGAGAAUUCCCUACUCUUUUUAUGUACGAUAAAGAUGAGCCACGCAUAAUGUCUUAUCGGUUACCGAAGCCGCCGCAAGACGAGACUGGAAAAACGGAAGAGGAGCUGGUCGACCGCAUGCGUCAUCUUUGGGUUCAAUCGGCCGUCAGGGUGUACGAGAACAUGAUGGCCGCCAGAAUAGAGAUUUCUGAGGAAACGCUGUUGCGAUUCUUAGAAUUUCUUUGUUACUUCAACUGCACCGAUCCGGAGGAAUUUCAUCCUGAGCAAAACUGGCUGCGCUUCGAACUAAACGUUAGACGAUCAAAAUCCGUUUGGAAACACAACGGCUGUGCCAUGAAAAUCUUCGAUAGCUUGCAACCCAAAAGUGCUCGAGCUUACAGUGCUGUAAUUUGCGGUAUGGCGAAAUAUCUGUCAGCGAAGGAAGCGAGCGAAUACUUUGUACUUAUGCGUGAAGAAGGUUUGAAGCCGGACGCUUUUCUCUACAAUCGCAUCUUGUGCGGCGUAUGUAGAGUGAAGAGUAUUAACUCUGAGCGAUGGGAAAAUUUGCUUGAGCUGCUCCGGACGAUGAAGCAGGACGGAGUCCGUCCGAACGCCGAUACAUUCAACUCCGUGCUCGCUCAGCUGAGGUUGAUGAAGUCUUGGCGUAAUGCUCCAGAUCAUGCUCUCGAAGUUUACAGGUUUUACUUCGUUAUCAAUUUCUGUCCCUCUAGCGCUGUUUUUCAGGAGAUGGUUUCUCUUCAACUGCAGCCGACUCUGGGAACGUACGUCUGCCUGAUCGACAUCUUCCAGCCACGGCCCGAACUGCAGUCGCUUCUAGACGAAAUUUUGGACCAGCUUGAAGGCAAGCACCUGCAGGUGACCGAUCCUCUGGAUGAACUAUUUUUUCCUCACGCUAUGUCAUCCAUAUGCGAAGCAAUCCAAGACCCGGUUCUGGCCUACCGACUUCACACCUUGUUGAACUUGGGCCAUAACGAGGAUUGCAUCACCAGUUUCAGUGCCGAAAGUAGCUACUACGAAAGCCUUCUGACACUGAUUUCCCGCACCCAGCCGACUGAUGAGUUCUUUAAAAUGUACUACCAGCACGUGCCUCGGCAUUACUCUCCUGGGGCUCGUUUCUUGACCAACUUGAUCCAUUGUUUCGAGUUAACGGCUAGUUAUGCCUACUUCCCUCAAGUCUGGUCAGAAAUAGUGUAUCAGGGCUUGAACGAGCGCACCUUUUUGGAAACAGAAUUUUUCUUGGCCAUUCUACGGGGAAACAUCGACGAAUCGCAGUUGAUGAAAAAACUGAGUGACAUCGCGUGGGACGCAUUUACUAAAAGGUACGCUCAAUACACUGACGAGAGGGUGAAGCAUGUCAGGGAAAACCAGCGAUUCACUGCCCGAUUGGUUGUACUUCUGUCCUGCGUUUGUUCGCGAGCAGGCGACUUCGAUCGAGCAUGGCAUAUGCUGCGGCUGGUGCUACCGUCAAAGGGUGUCGAACUUACAGAAGUGGAUCUAAAAGUUCGGACGGACAUUUUAGACAGUGCGUUAGCCAGCGAAGCUACCGAGCUGCUGGUCAGUUUUUUGGCAAUCGAUGAUCCUGUCAAACACGAUCAAUUACUAAACUUCGUCCUGUCCCUUUGCGAGGAGAGCAGGAACGAGUUGUGUGAAAAACUCAGCAGACAUCCGUUGCUCUCUGAGCAGCAGAAACGAAAUAUGCAGGCUCUUCAGGACCAUUCCCCUCAGUAGUA